AUGAAGUACCUCCUCCAGGCGAUCGAUGCGCACCGUGAUCAAGUGCCGUUGCAAGACGCCGAGCUGCUCCGGCUCCUCAGUGAGGCACAAAAAGGACGCGAUGAGCGCGAAGAGUACCAGGAGGCGAUGGAGCGCAUCCUCACGGAGCUGCGCAACUAUACCGAGCACUCCCAGGCAUUUCUCGUGCGCGUAAGCAAGCGCGAUGCGCCAGACUACUACGACGUCAUCCAAAACCCCAUGGAUCUCGGCACGAUGCAGAAAAAACUCCGCGGCGGCUGCUACAAAACCAAGAGUCAGUUUGCGCAUGACCUCAAUCUCAUCUGGGACAACUGUCUCGUUUACAACGCCUCGCCUACACACCCGCUGCGACGGAAUGCCACAGUCAUGCGGAAAAAGGCGAACCAUCUCCUCGAGUUUCUCAGCGACAAGAACGACACACAGGACCUCUUAUCGCAGUGGCAGUCUGCGUCCCACGCAGAAAAACCUAUCGAAGACAUCCCACCGCCCGCAGUUGCUCCUGCCGCAGAGACACCCACGGCCCCGUCCACGUCCGCGCCCGCCCACGAUGUGCCUUUCUCACAGCGGCACGCGCUUCGUCGGAACCCCGAAUCAUGCCUCGUCUUCCACGAGUUGGAUGCCAAACUCUCAGAUCUCGAAGAUGGCGCCAACGCAGCGAAUCCCGCGCCGACCCUCGAUGUGCUGCACCAGGUGCCAGCAUCCCAUCUACAUCCACUCGCUGCAGCCCUGCCACAGUCCACACCCACCGCACAGCAACGGUGGUGGGCCGCCUGUGCAUCAGAUGCCAUGCUCUGCGCUGGCUUGCCUGUCGUACCACAUGCGGGACAUGUUGUCGACCACGAGCCUGACGCAGCAUAUACCUCGCGGCUGCCAAGUCAAAGAGCUGGCAUCCCGCGCAUGAUGGCCCACAACAUCCGGACACUCCGGCGCCUGUACAGCACCCACCAAAAAAUUCACGAACUGGCCGAAGCCAUCGAAUUCGAUGUGCCCAUCCCCCCCUCUAUCGGCGUCGUGGAUGACGAAGACGAACCCGAGCCGCCCAGCGUGCCGCCGCCCGUUCCGUACGCAACAUCGACACCAUACCCCCGCCUCUCCAGGUCGUAUGCACAGGCACAGACUAGCUGGCAGACCCAAGUGCUUUUAGCACAUGCCGGCUUCGAGGGCGCGCACUCCUCGCCUGUGCAAGUCCUGGCCGAUGUCGCCGCCAAAUAUCUCAUGGGCCUCGGCCGCACCCUACGUCUGUAUGUCGAUCGCUUUGCGCACCACAUGUCACCCACUGACAUGCUAGAGCAUGUCAUGCUGAGUCGCGGCACGAACCUCUCAGCCCUCGAGUCCUACGUUUCGCAGGACAUUGGGCGCUACGGCCAACGACUCCAGGAAUGGCUACGCAAACAAAAACAUGUGCUUCAUGAGCAGCUGCAAGGCGUCGACUCGGCUACAGUCGAUGACGCAGACCUGCUCGCAAGCGACGGUGAGGCGCUCAUGCUCGGUCACUUCGCCGCAGGUCUCGGUGAUGACUUUUUUGGGUUCCGCGAGCUGGGCCUCGAGUCCGAGCUGGGCCUACCUCACCUUGCCGUGCCGAGUCGUCUGUUUUUCGGUACGAGUCACGCGCCCCACAAAGUCGCCUCAGACGGCAAGCUAGGCACGAGCAAGCCAGUGCUCGAUGCGCCACCCCCGCCCGUCCCACUCGUGGCAUGCUCCCUGCCAGCACAGAUCGGCCUCUUGCGCACGUGGUACGCCCAACAACUGGGAUCCAUGCCAUUUCUACCCGACCAGGUGCCCGAGAGACCGCGGUACAAGGUGCCUACGACCGGCAAACUCCCUGCCCGUCCCAUGGUCAGCCGCGCACACCGACCCGCCUCGGUGCCCGCAGGCUCGGCUCCCCAGCCACAGCAGCAGGCCAAGCGCCAGCGCGUUUCAUAG